AAUGGUGGGUGGGGCUGAGAGUUUCAGGUGGGGCUAAAAGUGGGUGGGGUUGUUUGUGGGUGGGGCUAAAGCUUGUGGGAGUGGCCAAUGCACAGUGUGGGCGUGGCCAGACCUGACCACACCCACCCCCCGCCCCUUUCUCCCUCCUUCAGCUGCGCCUUCGUCACCUACGAGAAGAUGGAAUCGGCCGACCAGGCCAUCGCCGAGCUGAACGGGGCCGUGGUGCAGGACGUGCAGCUCAAGGUCAGCAUCGCCCGCAAGCAGCCCCUGCUCGACGCCGCCACCGGGAAGUCGCUCUGGGGGUCCCUGGCCGUGAAGAACAGCGCCAAGGGCUCCCACCGCGACAAGCGCUCGCAGGUCGUGUACAACGAGGACCUUUUCGGGGGGCAGUGAGGGACCCCCGGGGGCCUUUGGGGGGGGCAAUAAAGGGCGAGAGGGA